AUGAAAUAUAAAAGUGAUAAAAUAAAUAAAGAAAAAGAGAAAACGACGUGCAGGAAUUUACUCAGCGGAAGUAGUCCAUCAAUCAUACCUGGUAUCGUACAAUUGGCCGUCAUCGCUCCAUCCGAUCCUAAUCACGAACAAGCAUUAUCGAAAAUUUUACCCUCGAUAUAUUUAGCAGUGAGAUCCGUGUCACAUCCGGAAAAUGGUAUACUUCCGGGUUGGGAUAUACGUGUCGAUUACAGGGAUUCAAAUUGUUCUUCGACUUUGGGACCUUUGGCAGCCGUUGAAUUCUACAUCAACAAAUCCGUAGGUGAAUGA